UCGAGUAUAGCAGCAUCGUGCAAAAAGUUCGCGAACCUGCCAGGACAGGUGCACAGUGCUUGUCAGCUUCCGGUGUCUCGACGAAAAUCUUGGUCACCCGUAACAGCUUUGCGGAGGUUUUCAUUCUCGCAUCUGUACCAAAUUCGCGUCAAUUCUGUUCUCGAGGAUGGCACAGUGGAUGAGCUUCGUUUUCCUCGUCGUCGUGGCGACAACGAUCGCGAUGACGGAGUCCAAACCUAUUCCUGCUGAACCUAUUUCAGUGACGUUAGAUUCUUACGGAAAUCCCAUAGUCUUCCUUCGGGAGAAGAGGACAGCCGUGCAUCCGUAUCCUCAUAGAGCGAUGAUGUUCACCGGGUAUUACAGACCCGUUCGACGCACGAAUCACGGUGGCCAAGCGACUGGUGUUUUCGCGCAAGGAAACGCCGUGAGCGGGGAGGCGUUCUUUGGUGGCAUGCAACAACAGCCACGUUUGAAGAACGGUCCGGAACCGAUCGAGGAACCGGAAGUGUCGAGCGCGGAAGCGCAUGCGGCACCUGAAGCCGAUAACUCUUACAACGAGGACGAACGCACUGAGGUACAACAGGAGGAAGAGCCUCAAGAGCCUGAAGAGCAUCAUCGACAGGACGAACAUGAGGAAAAUUAUCCUCAAGAGAACGAACAUCGUCAAGACGACAACCAGAGUCAUCAUAAGCAACAUGGCGCCUCACCUACUCAGGGCCAACCGGAACCGGAACUGGCUCCCGCGUUCACCACCGAGGCAGCACCACGAGUUAGCCCAGCAGUCACAGAGCCAGCCUACACGAAUACAGAGGUGUCCGCGAAUCGUCCCAAGGUUCACAAUGGGAAAAAAACCAAGAAGACCCCUGUCGUCGUCGCGGACGAUGACGAAGAGGAAGAUGAGGACGACGACGACGACGAACCGCUAGUCCCUUUCAUUCCCUUCAAUCGUCGCCGACAAAACUACCCGAACCUGAACAACUUUUUCCCCAUGGUGUUCAGCUUCCCUGGUGGGUCCUCUCGAGCUGGAUCUUCCGGAGGAUCUCCCCCUGGAGCGGUGACCGCGAUCGCUAACAGUUACUCUACUGGGAAGAGUGGUGUAGCGAGUUCGGUAGCAACUGCCUACGGUGGAUCCCCUAACGGGAAAAAGCGACGUCCACCACCAUCCGAUGAGUAGACCCUCGAGUAAAUUGAUCACGAUAGAUCGACGAGUCAGGCGUUCGCUACUCGAUACCGUUAAGAUCAAUAUUCCAUUGGACAUUAACAUGCAGACAGGACAGAGCUUCAACUGCGUGCUCCACUUUUCUAUUCUCCAUCGUGACUCCGAGGAUCGUCUUUCCCUGAAUGGGCAUUCCUUAUAGAUUUAACUCUCGAACGAAUCGAAUCAGUCGUGUCAUCCCUCAAUGUCACCCCUAACAGAGAGAAUUUCAUCGAAUUCGAACACUUUCGCUCAUAAAUUUUGGAGCACUCUCGGCUAUUUUAAGCGGGACACAUCUUUUAGUUCAUUCUUCUCAGAAGUAAGAAUAUUCUACAAUUUCUAUUUUUAAACAAGUAUAAUUGACUUGUAUUAAAAAGAAGAUAUUUAUUUUAGUAUUUCUUUCGAAAGUCUAGCGUGCUCCAAAUUUUCUGGCUAACCCUUUACCGGUGGCCUUAACCCUUUGCAUUCUGGAUAUUUUCUGAUAUUAUUUAUUACUCUAAAAUUUCGUGGGAGAAAUUUUGCCGUCUCCUAUGAUAUUUGUUUCUCUUAAAACAAAGUGCAACAUAAUUUCUUUCUUUCAAUUCUGUGAAUCUUUCUAAACGUCUCACUAAUAGAAUAUUCUACAUAUAUCAAGUUCUUUCAUUUUCGUUACGUUUUACAACUUUAUAGAGAAUGUUGAAAAUUUAACUAAACUGCGGAUUUUCAUGGAAAUUAAUAUUUUUAUGAAAUAUUGCAUUCUGAGUAAUUUCGUGCUACUAAAUUUUUCACAAAUGCACAAAUACUUACAGUAUGUGUACGAUACUGUAUUAUUUCUGGAGCUAACGGAGUGCAAAGGGUUAAAAUGUCUUCCGUUUAAAAUUAUUAUUAUACUUUAACUUGUACUAUUAAAUUAGAAAUUAGUAGAACUUAGCGCCGGUUUCGUAGUGAGUAGCGAUCAAACGGACUAGUGCAAUAUUUACGUUGUAUCACUCGAAGAGGUUAGUGAAGAAUUUGCAUGAUCGUUCGACUAGCUAAUCAGACUCGUAUUAUAGUUCGUAGAGCGUAUAAAAAACCACGAGUUAACGAAUAUCUUGCGAAUUUGGCGAGAAGAAAUCUAACGUUCCAGUACCGUAUAUUGUUACUCAUUGAACUGUCUCAACCUGAGAAGAUCGUUUCUCGUAAAUGAUGCGUGAGAUAUCGACGAAAUAAAAUUAUUUUCAAAACGAA